AUGACUGAUCAGACCGACACCUUUUUAACUAUUGCUCAAUUUAUUCAUUUGGCCAACGUAGUGUUGAUUGUGGCCAUACUAGUGGGCAAUACGAUGAUUAUAAUUGUUCAAUGUCUAAGCCGUCGUCGAUUUGGCAAAAUCUCCAAUCAACUGAUUUUCAAUCUUGCAAUUGCGGAUCUCUUCAAUGGUUUGGCACUACUCAUUUUUACAGUUCAACCUCAAGAUUUUAGUCACUUUUCAAAUUAUAUUCGUAAAAUUUGGUGCAUAGUUCCCGAAAUUCUUGGAUACGCUGGUUGCACUGCGAGUUUCUACAGCAUCGGCGCCAUAGCUUUAGACCGGUAUGUUGCGAUUCUCCAUCCGUUCAAGCAUCGAAAGUAUGUGACGAAGUGGUCUAUUUCUGCCACCAUAGCUAUUAUUUGGUGCAUAACUGCUUUAAUAUCAACCGGACCCAUUUUUUGGAUCAACACUGACGUACAAAGUAAUUGCUACAACUAUUCUGCUGAAAUAAGCUAUUACGACAAGUACAUUUUCAUACCGAAUGUCAUGAUGGUAUGGCUGGUCCUCCUCAUAGCUUACUGGCGAAUUUGGAGAGCAACAAGAGCAUACACGAAAAGGUCGCGAACGAGGUCUAAAGAAGUUGGUCAGAUAAGUAACAUCAGCAAGAGGAAGAGCAAUACGGUAUUUAAAAUUAAAACCUAA